GCUCGGGUUGAGGAGUUGGUAUUUGUGUGGAAGGAGGCGGAGGCGCAGUAGGAAGGGGGCCAGCGUAACGCCGGCCCGGAGGGCGGGAGGAGGCGCGGCCAGCCGGGGCAGGCCGCCGAGGCUGGGCUAGCCAGGCGGGGAGCAGGACGAGCAGCGGCCGAGCGAGCGAGAGAACGAGCGAGCGCGGGGAGCACCGAUCUCGGGAGGCGGGGAAGCCCCGCGGCCGCCGCGCCCGCCCCUUCCCCCGCCGCCCGCCCCCUCCCCCCCCGCCCGCCCGCCCGCCCGCUGCCUUCCUCCCUCUGCCUUCCUUCCCCACGGCCGGCCGCCUCCUCGCCCGCCCUCCCGCAGCCCAGGAGCGGAGGCUGCCGCGGCCGUGGCGGCCGAGCCCUCAGCCAUGGCCUCGGGCGACACCCUCUACAUCGCCACGGACGGCUCGGAGAUGCCGGCCGAGAUCGUGGAACUGCACGAGAUCGAGGUGGAGACCAUCCCGGUGGAGACGAUCGAGACCACGGUGGUGGGCGAGGAGGAGGACGACGACGAAGACGACGAGGACGGUGGCGGCGGCGACCACGGCGGCGGGGGCGGCCACGGGCACGCCGGCCACCACCACCACCACCACCACCACCACCACCACCACCCGCCCAUGAUUGCGCUGCAGCCGCUGGUCACCGACGACCCGACCCAAGUGCACCACCACCAGGAGGUGAUCCUGGUGCAGACGCGCGAGGAGGUGGUCGGCGGCGACGACUCGGACGGGCUGCGCGCCGAGGACGGGUUCGAGGACCAGAUCCUUAUUCCGGUGCCCGCGCCGGCCGGCGGCGACGACGACUACAUAGAGCAGACGCUGGUCACCGUGGCGGCGGCCGGCAAGAGCGGCGGCGGGUCUUCGUCAGGCGGCGGCCGCGUCAAGAAGGGCGGCGGCAAAAAGAGUGGCAAGAAGAGUUACCUGGGCGGCGGGGCCGGCGCGGCGGGCGGUGGCGGCGCCGACCCGGGGAAUAAGAAGUGGGAGCAGAAGCAGGUGCAGAUCAAGACCCUGGAGGGCGAGUUCUCGGUCACCAUGUGGUCUUCAGAUGAAAAAAAAGAUAUUGACCAUGAAACAGUGGUUGAAGAGCAGAUCAUUGGAGAGAAUUCACCUCCUGAUUAUUCUGAGUAUAUGACAGGCAAGAAACUCCCUCCUGGAGGGAUACCCGGCAUUGACCUCUCAGACCCUAAGCAACUGGCAGAGUUUGCCAGAAUGAAGCCAAGAAAAAUUAAAGAAGAUGAUGCUCCAAGAACAAUAGCUUGCCCUCAUAAAGGCUGCACAAAGAUGUUCAGGGAUAACUCUGCUAUGAGAAAGCACCUGCACACCCACGGUCCCAGAGUCCACGUCUGUGCAGAGUGUGGCAAAGCGUUCGUUGAGAGCUCAAAGCUAAAACGACACCAGCUGGUUCAUACUGGAGAGAAGCCCUUUCAGUGCACAUUCGAAGGCUGCGGGAAGCGCUUUUCACUGGACUUCAAUUUGCGCACGCAUGUGCGAAUCCAUACCGGAGACAGGCCCUAUGUGUGCCCCUUCGACGGUUGUAAUAAGAAGUUUGCUCAGUCAACUAACCUGAAAUCUCACAUCUUAACACACGCUAAAGCCAAAAACAACCAGUGAAAAGAAGAAAGAAGACCUUCUCGACCCUGGGAAGCCUCUUCAGCAGUGUGAUUGGGAAUAAAUAUGCCUCUCCUUUGUAUAUUAUUUCUAGGAAGAAUUUUAAAAAUGAAUCCUACACACUUAAGGGACAUGUUUUGAUAAAGUAGUAAAAAUUUAAAAAAUACUUUAAUAAGAUGACAUUGCUAAGAUGCUCUAUCUUGCUCUGUAAUCUCGUUUCAAAAACAAGGUGUUUUUGUAAAGUGUGGUCCCAACAGGAGGACAAUUCAUGAACUUCGCAUCAAAAGACAAUUCUUUAUACAACAGUGCUAAAAAUGGGACUUCUUUUCACAUUCUUAUAAAUAUGAAGCUCACCUGUUGCUUACAAUUUUUUUAAUUUUGUAUUUUCCAAGUGUGCAUAUUGUACACUUUUUGGGGAUAUGCUUAGUAAUGCUGUGUGAUUUUUCUGGAGGUUGAUAACUUUGCUUGCGGUAGAUUUUCUUUAAAAGAAUGGGCAGUUACAUGCAUACUUCAAAAGUAUUUUUCCUGUACAAAAAAAAAAGUUAUAUAGGUUUUGUUUGCUAUCUUAAUUUUGGUUGUAUUCUUUGAUGUUAACACAUUUUGUAUAAUUGUAUCGUAUAGCUGUAUUGAAUCAUGUAGUAUCAAAUAUUAGAUGUGAUUUAAUAGUGUUAAUCAAUUUAAACCCAUUUUAGUCACUUUUUUUUCCCCAAAAAAUACUGCCAGAUGCUGAUGUUCAGUGUAAUUUCUUUGCCUGUUCAGUUACAGAAAGUGGUGCUCAGUUGUAGAAUGUAUUGUACCUUUUAACAUCUGAUGUGUACAUCCAUGUAACAGAAAGGGCAACAAUAAAAUAGCGAUCCUAAAGAAAGAUUAUGGCAGAAAGAGAUCUGUAAGCACAGCCUUAUUUCCUUCUGUUGUCCAGAAUACUUAUAAUUCUUGAGCCUCCCAGAAAUUGGAAGCUAAAUAAAGCAACUCGAGUUUCCUUUAUUUUGCACUCAGUGACAGUGACUGUGAUGAGGCCCGUGCACGGACACUUAGCAUUUCCUACACGCCCUGAAUUCUGAGAGCAGGCUGGAGGCACCCCAAGCUAGGGAACUACCUCAGAGCACACAGAUGGCCCAUGGCUGGCAGGAUUGCCCUUGAUAUCCUGGUGUGUGUGGGAGUGAUCCGUUUGCAUGGGCUUGCUGCUUUCUGAAGGGAAGGCACCAACUAGCAGUGGGUGCACCAAGGGAGGAUGGGCCUGCCUGCUUUCUAUCACUCAGGCUGCCUUCAAUGGCAGUGGCUCCUUGGGUUGUCCAACAGGAAAUCCCAGUGCAGUCCUUAUUAGAUGCUAUCAGAUGUAGCAAUUGAGUGCCAGUAGCUGUUUGCUUGUAGACACACUUAAGUGCAGAGCGGCAAGGCGAUUAGAUUAUUAGAAAGUUGUACUCAGUGAGUACUUGACUUGUCAUGUGUGACCUCUUCAAUGUAUAAUUUUUGAACUUUUACCUAGGGUCAAAGACCAGACUUGUUAACUAUUUUAUAAACUGCCGUGAUACAUCAAAAUCUCAUUUAUUCAAA